GCCUGUGGCGUUGUCCAGAGGGACCGGACAUCAGGAGACGGGACGGAUCCAGACAGCUCAGAGAAGGACCUGGCGGAGGUGCCAAGUCUGAGGAAGAGACACAGGGAGGAGCGUAUCGCCUGCACGGCCCAGAAGCUUCACCUGAUGAAACAGAGACUGACGAACACAGAGAGGCAGAGAGAACGCUGGCUGUACUGGAGGCCUGUCCUGCUCAACAUGGGGGCUGGAGCUGCCGUGGCCCUGGGGCUAGUGGUAGUUUGGCUCUUCUCCCAGUGAUUUCCCUCCCUCUGUCAGAGCUGCCGUGGCCCUGGGGCUAGUGGUGGUUUGGCUCUUCUCCCAGUGAUACCCCCUCCCUCUGUCAGAGCUGCCGUGGCCCUGGGGCUAGUGGUGGUUUGGCUCUUCUCCCAGUGAUACCCCCUCCCUCUGUCAGAGCUGCCGUGGCCCUGGGGCCAGUGGUGGUUUGGCUCUUCUCCCAGUGAUUUCCCUCCCUCUGUCAGAGCUGCCGUGGCCCUGGGGCUAGUGGUAGUUUGGCUCUUCUCCCAGUGAUACCCCCUCCCUCUGUCAGAGCUGCCGUGGCCCUGGGGCCAGUGGUGGUUUGGCUCUUCUCCCAGUGAUACCCCCUCCCUCUCUCUCUCUCUCUCUCUGUAAGAUACAUUCUCAUGGUCUGUUUGUGUAUUUAUUUCUACAGGUCAAAACCAAGAUUGGGGUCAAUUCCAUUUUUGAUUCCUGUCAAUUCAGGAAGUACACUGAAAUUCCACAUUUCAAUUCUCUUCAAGCUUUAAAAAAAAAUGAUUUAACAUUUUGAAUGUAGUUUUACUUUCUGAAUUGAAAUGGUGUUGAACUCAACCCUGGUGGAAAGGUCACUAGAUCAAACCGUCCCGGUGUAUAUUUUGUUUCCUGUUUAAAGUUCUUGGUGGUAACAUCUUGGUCUCAGGCUGUUGGUGCUCCAGUUGGCAGCACCUGAUGAAUGUACUGUCUGAAACCCCCCCCCCCUAUGCAGCGGCAACAGACAUCAUGUGCAAAAGGCUCAGUACGAAACAACAAACAUCUUGACUUUUUUAAAAACUUUUUCUUCCGUUCAUUCUUUUUAUUUCAUUUUAAAAGGUCAGAUUGUGUCAUUACAUUUUACAUUUGGUUCAAAUAUGUUUAUUUUACAUUUACAUUUAAGUCAUUUAGCAGACGCUCUUAUCCAGAGCGACUUACAAAUUGAUAUGGUUGAUGUACGUAUUUGACAGGAAGCACUUCAAAGGCUGGGUGUCACCUCUUUUUUGGGGGGGGGAUCCUCUCAUAGAGCACACAGUGCAACGGGAACAUAGAGGUCAGAGGUCAACAGUGGAACUGUUCUCUAACCAAAACAACAUGUUUUGUUCUUCAUAAUGCUGAUGGUGCUUUGACAUGUGUUCCUGACCAGACACGGUUCUUGUGUCAGCAGGGCCCGGACCGGGCAGGUUCCCCCUGGUCCGUUAGUCUGGUCUCUACCUACCAACCCACGUUGUUGUGUACUGGGUCCAUACAGCAGGUUCCCCCUGGUCCGUUAGUCUGGUCUCUACCUACCAACCCAUGUUGUUGUGUACUGGGUCCAUACAGCAGGUUCCCCCUGGUCCGUUAGUCUGGUCUCUACCUACCAACCCACGUUGUUGUGUACUGGGUCCAUACAGCAGGUUCCCCCUGUUAGUCUGGUCUCUACCUACCAACCCACGUUGUUGUGUACUGGGUCCAUACAGCAGGUUCCCCCUGUUAGUCUGGUCUCUAC